UGGACUUUUAUUUUCUUAAUGUCUUUCACAGUGUCUCCAAAGCUCUUAUCUCCCAGAAGUUCCAGUACGUGUGUUUGCGUGCCCAACUCCGUUAGAAACGUGACAGUUUCAGAGCAUGGUUGAACUUGAGUUAAGGCUUUUUAUUAACGGUUUCUUAAGCUACGUAAAGUACGUAAAGUUGACAUUUGAGGAGUGGCUCUGUAUAAGAGCUCGUUAUAAUCUAUAAAAUAAUGACAGUUAGCCGUGUGAAGCAAAUCUGAAAAGAUACGACUGUAGUGUAGUAUGUAAGAAAUGCUGCCAGAGGAAUUAACUGUGUACGGAAUUAAAUAGAAGAGCAACUAUUGACAGCCAAAUACUUUAUGGUUGUAUAUAAACAUGGCGGCGUUAAAUUGGGGAUAUUCUGAACGGAGUUUGGUCUCAUUGACGGUAAGAGUUCACAGCCUGUCCCUGCUCUGUUUUGCCAGCUACAGUGACAGUUGAAGGACACAUUUAAGUAAAGUAAAGCAAUAGUCGGUGUAACAUUGAGUCCCAAGUGGCUCUAAUAUUGUAUGUGUCUGCUACAGUAAUGCUGUUUUUAUUAGUGCACAUACAUUUUAACUAGAACUAAAGCCUGUGACCUUUGUACUACAUGCUGUGCCCAGUUGACAUCAUGUGCUUUUAAAAUCCACUCUUUAAAGGAACAUACAGCUGGAUGUUAGUGUAAAAAUGAGCUGCAUUUAUCAUGGUUACUCAAACAUCUCUGUGAGGAUUCACCGUGUAGCUUUCCAGGAAUAAGCCAUGACAUGGACAUGACAUCCACUGAAAGCUUAUCUGUAUCCACAUGUGUUUUGGAGACUGUUUUUAAGAAAAAUUGCAUUUAAAAAUGAUGGUAAAAAUAUGUUGCGUCACCCACAACAGGCUAGUCCUUCCUAAUUCUGGUAAGUAUGAAAGAACCUGUGUAAGUUGUAGUUAAUCUUUUUAUUUGGAGAACAGCAGCUAUAAAAAUACUGUGUGACCCUGGUAAAACGAUACGGUUUAAAAAGUACAAUCACAACAUCAAUAAUGAUAUUUUCUGAUAUCACAAUAUGGUAGGGAUGGACGAUAAUUAUCAGGGUCAACAAUGGGAAAUGUUUAUUAUUAUGAUUUUUUUCAGAUAAUUAAGUUAUCGGUCCAGGACAAUAAUAAUUAAUUUCAAAAGCUAAAGGUUAUGAACAUCUUUUUAAAAUGCGAAAAUGUGAAAUUAUUGGUUAUGUUAUCGGUAUUGGCCAUGAGAAGCAUGAGCACACAUAAAUUAAAUCAAACUGAUGCUGGAAACAACAAAAUGUGUUCCACUAUUCUGUAUUAGUGUUACAAAUCAGAAAUCUAAGAAGUCUGAGAAUUUCAGCAUCAAACUUCACUCUUGACCUUGGACCUCUUCCAUGAGUAUUAUAUUCCAGUUCUGCCAAUAGAUCCUUCCAAGUCUCACACACUGGACCUAAACUGAUUGAAGUCCACCAGCUGAAGACCAUAAGAUGUGAUUUAAAAACAACACAAAAAGCUUGUACUCAUAAAUGAAGGCAUCCAAGUGGAUUGCUUACUGAAGGAACCAAUGGAGGGUAAAAGUUCAGGACCUUCAUGUUCUGGCCUCAAUCUGGUCGCACACCCACGGGCAAAAAGCAAAGUCUGGAAGUACUUUGGCUUUGACACAGAUGCAGAUGGCUGCAUAUUGCACUGGAAACGGAUAUACUGCCGCGUAUGUAUGAGUCAAAUAGCUUACUCCGGAAACACCUCCAAUCUGUCGUACCACCUUGAAAAGAACCACCCUGUAGAGUUCAGUGAGUUUGUAAAGAGCAACACAGAUCAGAUGCGCGAGGCGUUCGCCACAGCAUUCUCCAGGAUAAAGACCGAGCCUUCAGGUAUACAUGCUCAGCAACAGUCCCAGGACACAAACUUAAGGCAGAGCUUAGACUAUGAAAACAGACGACACAAUGAUCUGACUGCUGCUGUCAUCAACUUCAUCUGCGAGGGGUUGUACCCUGUAUCUGUAGUUGAAGAACCUACUUUCAAGACCUUAAUGAGUACGGUUGAUCCUGGGUAUUCUCCACCAAGCAAAAGUGACCUGGCAGUUAAAAUGCUUCCUCAGAUGUAUUGCCGUAGCCGAGACAUCGUCUUUAGUGAGCUUGCUGGGGUUGUGAACUGUGGCGUUACAACGGACCUUUGGCAAAGCCAAACCCAGAAUAGAACAUACAUUUCACUCUCUAUGCAUUCAGUUAAUUACUACAGUACAACUGGCUUCUCCAUGACCAAUAAAUGCCUUAAAACCUUUGAAGUACAAGAGGACAACACAGCAGAGAACAUCACCAGAGCGAUGUAUGAAGCCUUUGUUGAAUGGGGAAUAACUCAUAAAGUCAGCGGUGCCACCACAAAUGGUUCAGUAGACAUUGUCAAAGCAUGCUCGCUCCUGGAAUUAUCAGUGGAAAUGCCCUGCCUGGGGCAUACCAUCAAUCGGGCAAUGGAUGAAGCCUUCCAGCUGCCGAGAGUCGACAGCUUUUUGGGAUGUUGCCGCAAACUUGUUGACCAUUUCAGAGAACCGACAACGUAUCUGCUGAGAGAAAAACAGAAGCAGCAUGGCCUAGCUCAGUGUGCACUCAUCACAGACAGGGGUAGGUCUUGGUUGGCCACAUUGGCAAUGUUACAAAGACUGAAAGAGCAACAGGUUGCUGUAACUGCAACACUAGUGGAGGGUUCCGGCAGCCAUCAUUUCAGCUUUGAUGGUCCUGACUGGGCUUUGCUGGAGGGCUUGAUUGAUGUCUUCCAGCCUUUUAAAGUUGUGGCCAACAUGAUAAGUUCUUGCAGGUACCCAACCAUUAGCAUGGUUAGGCCUGUGCUUCAUAUGCUGUUGAACACCACCCUCAAGAUCAAGGAAGGGGACCUCAAGGAGAUCAGCAUGACCAAAGAGGUCAUCUCAAAAGUCCUAUCAAGCACCUAUUCACAGAAUUCACAAUUAUCACAAGAAAUUUCAACAUUCCUCAACAUUUCCACCUUCCUGGAUCCUCGGUACAAGAAGUUGCCUUUCUUGUCCACUCAGGAACGCUCUAAAGUUGAAAAUUACAUCAUUGAGGAGGCAAAAGCAAUUCUUGAGAAGCAGAUUGCAGACCGACCAUGCCUAGAUGAUUUCUCCUUGGUAUCUGAUGAGCCACCUAGCAAAAAGCAGACACCCCUAAGAGAAUCUUCAGCCAGCAGCGUAACCCAAGACAACCCUUUGGCCGCGAUAUUUUGCCAGUCUGAUGCAGACCAGAGCCAGGAGGAGCUGCAUGCACAGGUGGUAGAGGAGCUGAGCAACUACAAAUCACAAAGAGUCCUAGGUCUAAAUGAAGACCCUUUACUGUGGUGGACAAGUCAUGCACCCUUGUUCCCGACCCUCCUUAAGGUGCUGCAAAAGUACUGGUGUGUUCCUGCCACAAGUGUACCUUGUCACAGGCUGUUCAGCUCCUCUGGGACUGUUCUGUGUGGGAAAAGGAACCGUAUAGCUCCAACUUUAGUAGAUCAGCAGGUCUUCUUGUACGAGAACUCGCGUAGCUACUAUGAGCCUGAACCCUGUGAGGAUGAUUUGGACAAUGUUUGGGAAGGAAACUAUUGUCUGGGUCAGCCACUUGAGUGACCGUGUGCUUAAAGUCAAAUCAUUCUGUGCAUAGUGUGUGGCCUACAUGCCAGACUUGCUAAAGCAUUGAAAAAUAUUUAUGUGUAUCAGUCACUAGUAUAAAAAUGUAAUGGGCCUGUUAUAAUAACCUUUCUAAGUUUUGGCCUAUAAUCAAUAUGAAAAUAUUUUUUUGCGCCAUGUCCUUUUACAAGAAUUGUCAAUUUUUGGGGGGUUAAAAUGCUUAUUUGCGUUUUCUCUGAGAGUGAGAUCAGGAGAUUGUUCUCAAACAGGUAUAUUAAGUACAGAGCUAAAGCCAGGAUAUGUUUAGCGUAGCUUGCACAAAGACUGUAAGCAGGAGAAACGGCUAGUGUCCAUCUUUAUUUUUAAUUAUACCUGCCAACACCUGCAUUUAAUUGUGUGUGACAUUGAGUAUGUUAGCAUGCUGAUGUUAGCAUUUAGCUCAAAUCACUCUUAAGCCCCGAAUACACUCCCAAACGGACGUGUCCAUGGACAGCUGCAGAAACCACGUCUGCAUAGUAGCUGUACUGUAAAACUUCAAAUAAUAGCCCAAGCUUUUAUUUGCUUCAAUCACUUGACCUGCCUUUAUUUGCCCCCCAGAGACCUGCCUUUAUUUGCCCCCCAGAGACCUGUUUUCAUUUGUCAAAACAUGUAGCCACGCAAGGCUAGUAAAGGGGCUCGCAUCUAAUUGGGACCCUGCUUUUAAUUGUUUUUGGGUAUAUACUAUUUUCUGGGGUCCGUUUGGAAGAUCUUCUUCUCAUCUCAGUUACAGAAAGAAAAAACUUAGGAGUGUAUUAAAGCCUAUAAGUCAAAUAACUUUUUUUUAUAAAUUUUAUUUUAGUUAUUGCACAAAUGAGAGAAAAUCAUAUGUCAGCUGCUAUGGUUGAUGCUUAUAUUGGAUCCAACAAAUCCGUAAUCAAAACCUGAAAGAAUUCUAAUGAAUAUAGAAUAAUAAUAUGUUGCAUCGACUCCGUAUGCUGUAAGCUCUGUUGUUUCUUUUUGGCCUUUUUGUUGCACUUUUAAUUGUUUUGUUUUUUUGUUAAUUUUGUUUGGGAUGUAUUUUGUAAAUACCUACAAUAUAUGGAUAUUGUAGCAUUAACAAUGGACAAGUUUUAAAAUGUCUUGCUCUGUAGAACAAUGGUACAUAUACAUUAUGAUGUAAAACACUUUAUGCAAGUAAAGAUUUUGUUUUCAAUA